AUGAAACGAAAGCAACAAGAAAAUUAUGAAGCUUCCUCUUCUUCGGAAGAUGAUCGAGUGGUUGUGAUCGUGAGCAGUGGGUCAUCUGAUGAAUCAUCAGACGACUUGAUAUUUGGAUCUGGAAUGUCUCUAGUGAGAGGCAGUGGAGAAUAUAGAACGCUCUAUGAUUUUUCAAUUGUUUCAAAUCCCGAUUAUUUGGAAAGCAAUGGUAAAAUUGCUCCGAAUUUUUUGUCUAUAGAAGACAUGACAACGAUAGCAAAAGAAUUAUUUGCAUGUGGAAUUUGUUUUAACAUUGCAUCAAGUGUAGAUUCAAAAGUCAGCCAGAAAAAAUGUUUUGGUCCUAUUAAAGAAUGGGCCGUAGAAUAUCGGAAACUUCCUAUCAUUAGCAUUCUCGUUGAGUCAUCUCGAGAAAAAAGCGAAUGGAUUGAAUUAAUAGGUCCUGCAAAAGAGUAUUUUCAUAUAUUUAACAAAACUUACCAGAAGGUUUCCCUGUGUCACUCUUUGAUGGAAAUUGUGCAACGAUAUCCAUUAGAAUCAUAUGAAGAGAUUAUUACUCGACUCAGUAAAACUGAAUUGGCAUAUAUUUAUAAUCAACAUGUCAGAGCUGCAAAACCAAAAGUGAACGAAGACUAUCUGUUAGAAAAUGCUCAAUUUAUUUCAGACCAAUUUAACAAAAUGAAAGACACAAGAUUGUUAAAUUCUUGUUUUUUCUUAAAACUUGAAGAAAUCAUGCUACGUGGAGGAGUUCUCUCUGAUGUAAUGUCUAGCUCAGAGGAAGAUGAUGAAAUGGAGACCUCUGAUUCUGGCGAUGAUGUAUAUAUUCCAGAUGAACAGUAUGAAUCCAUUUCUGGUGGAUCUGAUGAAGUAGUUUCAGAGCCAUCCUUUUCUAGCUCAUCUGGAGACGAAUAUUUACCUAAAAAGAACUCAAAACCAGGUAGAAGGAAAAAUCUUAUCAAAACUAAGAAAAACUCAUCGACAGACCCUGUCAUUGAAAAUGAUUAUAGUGACGAUAGCGAAGACGUUAAAAAACCAAAGAGAAAAGGUACCAAGAAAAAACUGACCAAGAAAUCAAGCAAGACUGUUAAAGAAGAAAUUUCUGUUGUGAAAGAUCCUUCAUUGGAAGAGGCUAUGAAAAUUGAGUGGAUUGGUUCUCCUCUUUCUACAAUGAUUGAUGACACUGGGCGCAUCUAUUACAAGGCAUGCAAAUUGAAUGAUAUGAAUAUUGAAAUAGGAGAUGCUGUUUACCUUCAACCUCCAUGGUCCAAUCCUGAAUAUCCAUAUUAUAUAGCAAUUGUUGAAAUGUUUUUUGAAGACUGGAAAGGUGUUAAACGUUUCAGAGGGAGGUGGUUACGAAGGUUUCAUGACAUCAAAACCAUCACAACUGGAGAGCAUUAUAAUGUUCUUUGUAGGGAUCAUCAAGAACUCUAUUUGAGUGAUGAAUUUAAUGAUAAUCCACUUCUUAGAAUUAAGGGUAAAUGUGCUGUAUUUUUCGUAAGAAAUAGACAAGAGUUUGAAAAGAUUGAGAAUGUGAGAGAGAAACGCGACAUCUUUUACUGCAAAAGCAAAUUUGUAGAAAAGAAUGGACAAUAUGGUCUGUUUGAAUUACACCCCAAUGAUUUACAAUACACUCUUGAUCAUAUGGAAAGGAACGUCUCUUUUUUGCUCAAUCAAUUCAGAGACAAACCCAAACUAGUGGCCAUGGACAUAUUUUCAGGAUGUGGUGGACUUUCUCUAGGAUUAACUAGGGCAGGUAUUGAAGUGAGAUAUAGCAUUGAAUUUUGGAACGUUGCAGCAGACAGUCAUCACGCAAACUUUCCUAACGCCCAUACCUUCUGUAAAGAUGCCGAGGAGUUUUUAAAAAAUAUUAAGGUAGUGAAUGAAUUGAAGAAACGCUUUGGACUUUUAGAUUCUUCAUCUCAGCACAAACCAUCGAAUGUGAAAAAAAGAAAAACCAUACAUAUCAAAACACUUAAAAAGAACAAAGAUGGAUCCUUAUCACUUUUAAUUGACAAUGGUAACUCUUCGAAGUGGAAGGAUGUGGAAGAGUUACAAGAGUACAGAGAUGAAAUUAUUGAAUUUCUAGAAGCUAAAUAUUAUAACAUUCCCAAGCCAAAUGAGAUUGAUCUGAUUGCUGGAGGACCUCCAUGUCAAGGAUUCAGUGGAUUGAAUCGUUUUAAGGAGAAGGAUGCUUCUAAAUUCUUAAGCCAUGAUAAGAAUCGUCUUGUUUUAACGUUUCUGGAGUAUGUCAAGUAUUUUAAACCCAAAUAUGUUCUCAUUGAAAAUGUGACAGGAUUAUUGAACACCACAGUUUUAGACGUUCCUCAAGCAAUAAUUUCUAAACUGGACAGUAGAGGUUAUGAUACACAAUUUUCAUGCUUAAAUGCACGACAUUUUGGACUUCCACAAUCAAGAACAAGAGUCAUCUUUCUUGCUGCCAAAAGAGAUGGUAACUAUUCGAUUCCCUCCUUUCCAGAAAAUACGCAUGCAGCAUCACAAACAUUUAUAGUGGAUAAGAAGUCUGCAAAAAAGGUUCAUUCCAAAAUCAAUAAGGUUAUAUAUCAUGGAGGUCUUCCUCCUGUGAAUUUUAGAGAUUUUGCAAGUGAUCUUCCACCAUUCGACUCGCAUUCAAGGCAACACGAAGAAACAACAAAAAGGGAUUGUGAAUAUUUACCUCCUCGUACUAUUUAUCAAGAAUUAUUACGUAAAAAUUGUUCCAACAUUUGUACCAAUCAUACAUCUCAAACCUACAGUGAUGUCCUUAAUGCAUUAAUAAGAAGUAUGCCUCGCUGCCCUGGAGCGUUCUAUCGAGACAUUCAUCCCAAUGCGAAGCCAUUGCUAAAAGAAGGGUAUUUGAAAUUUAGAAAUUAUUCCAAAAUUAUUCUAGCUCGAUUGCAAUGGUCUAAAUCAUGUAAUACGUUGGUGACUAGUCUAAAUCCAUUAUGUAUGAGACUCAUUCAUCCCAAUCAACAUCGAGUACUUUCUGUAAGAGAAUAUGCUCGAGCUCAAGGAUUUCCUGAUGAUUUUAUAUUUUGUGGAAGUGAUAAGGACAAAUACAAACAAAUUGGAAAUGCUGUACCUGUGAUGCUCGCAAAGAAUUUGGGAGAAGAAAUUAUCAAGACUCAACGAAACUAUGAACAUUCCAAUAAGAGAAAUGAAAUUGACCAACUCGAGUUCAAUAAGGUAUUGAAACAAUUUACAUGUUGGUUCUCAGAUCUUAAAGAAUGGUUACAACAGAAUCAACUGAGAGAUUCAUUCAAGCCAAAACCAUUACUGAAACCAUUCAUUAGUGAAUUUCUAAAACCACUCGAAGAUCAUUUAUGUGAUGGAUUCACAAUGCCAUCCACUCGGGAAGAUAUUCACUUUUUGGAACAUGUUCUUCCAGACCUUGUGCAAGAACAUGCGACAGAUACUGAUGAGACGUUCUUAACUCAAGAACUGACCAAUAGUAGAGGUGAGGAUGACGAAGAAGAGGAGGCUUUAGAAUUGUCAUCUGAUGAUGAUAAUCAGGAUAAUCAUGAUGAUGAGUCUGGAGAAUUGAGUGAGGUAGAAGAGAGUAUCAUUCAAAAACCCUCAACUACUACUGUAAAGAACAAUGCCAAGAGAACGACUGGCUCAAAAUAUUCUGGAUCAGAUAAGAGUGAUGAUGAUGACGAGGAAGAAGCUGUUGUGGUUGUCAUUAGUGACUCUGAAUAA